CGCUGACUUUGAAUAAUGACUCAGAAGCUGUUUGUCGCUAUUCUCUUGGUUGCCCUGAUUAGCCUGGUGGCUAUGGAACCAGAGGAUGCCGAAAAUAAAAUAGAAUUUGAUAACGCUGUGUAUCCUCAAAGUGGCGUCUCGGAGUUGCCCCGUAUUAGGAGGUCUGUGCUUGGCCUUUGUCGUUUCUGCUGUGGAUGUUGCAGGAAGAUGAAAGGAUGUGGCAUGUGUUGUCGGACCUGAUGUGUUGCCAAUGCCUGGACAU